AAAAUGGCAGCCACCAUGUUGCGGUCUGCAAGCCGGUGUCGAAAUUUUGAGAGGUUGUCCCAUCAGAUGGUCCAACAGGUGCGUCAUAGAUCAGGCUUGCCGCUGAACACCAUAAUUUUAUUUGUCCCUCAGCAAGAAUCAUGGAUAGUGGAGAGGAUGGGAAAAUUCCAACGGGCACUUGAACCUGGCCUCAACUUCCUUAUCCCUGUUUUAGACACUGUCAGAUAUGUUCAGAGUUUGAAAGAGAUAGCUAUUGAUAUCCCAAAACAGAGUGCGAUCACAAUAGAUAACGUCACAUUAAAUCUCGACGGUGUGUUGUAUCUAAAAGUCUUUGACCCUUACAAGGCAAGUUAUGGGGUUGAGGAUGCAGAAUAUGCAAUCAGCCAGCUCGCUCAGACAACGCUUCGGUCAGAGAUCGGAAAAAUCUUGUUAGAUACUGUAUUCAGAGAGAGAGACUCUUUAAAUGUAGCCAUUGUUGAGGCUAUAAACAAAGCAGCAGAAUCGUGGGGUAUACGCUGCAUGAGAUAUGAAAUUCGUGAUAUUAAACUCCCAAGCAGGGUGCAGGAGGCCAUGCAGAUGCAGGUAGAGGCGGAGAGGAAGAAGAGGGCCAGUAUCUUAGAAUCUGAAGGUAUUCGUGAAUCUGAGAUCAAUGUGGCAGAAGGUAAAAAGCAGUCUAAGAUUCUUGCGUCUGAAGCGUGGAAGAUGGAACAAGUCAACACAGCUUCUGGUGAAGCAGACGCCUUGAUGAAAGUUGCAUCAGCACGAGCUGAGGCCAUUGUUAAGAUUGCAGAGGCAAUCGGCAGAGAGAAUGGACAGAAUGCUGUUAGCCUGAGGGUAGCCGAGCAGUACAUACAAGCAUUUGGAAACAUAGCCAAAGAAGGAAAUACUAUUUUACUCCCAUCCAACACGGGAGAUGUUAGUUCCAUGGUGUCACAGGCAAUGGCCAUCUUUAACACUGUAAAGACCAACAUACCGACCAUACCUUCCGACAAAAAAGAGUUAACCUCCUCAUUUUCAACAAAACCUUACGCUCAUUCCAGCGUUUUGGAGAAUGAAAGGACAAAUAAGACAGUUCAUGAUGAUAAUGAAUGAUGACUAUUGAAUUGAUGAUUUUAUAUCAGAGUCCUAUAGAACAGGGAAAUAUGGUGGGCAGGAAAUUUUCAAGUUUUUCAUGGUUCGGUCAUGGUCACUAUCAACUGGUCUGCGAAGACUCGUAUUUUGUGCAAUGGUCCAAUUAGUGUGGAGUUUAUUUUUUGAAAAUCACCGGAUUUAAGUGUGGAUUUGGAUCUAUUGUGCUAAAGUUUAGAUAUUUUGUGAUACAACUAUUAUGUCACGUGUAUUGUAGUUCACACAUGUAGCUGGUAAACCACAAAAAAGUCAAAUUUAUAUUGGCCUCCAUGUAGUUUUUAGAAUACUCAAAAAGAUGAUUUGAAUUUCAUUCUUAUUUACUCUGUUUAGCAUGAUCACAGUGGGUGAGUGUAAGGCCCUUGUUUCUAUUGUGAGGUAAAGGAGUCGGAUACCUUUCCCCAUUGUGAUGAACAUUUUGUGCAAAUCAAAACUAUGUUGUCACUAAUAUUGUGUGUAUUUGUGUUAACGAGGCUAAACAUACUUAUGGAGACAUGUCUGAUAUUUUGCACAUCAGCAAUCUAUUGGUAUUCCCAGCCUUGAGGAAUCUUUUGCAGGGGGUACAUAUACAUGAAGGGGAAUAAAAUCUACCCGGCAAAGAUGGCUUAAACCCUUAACUUCUGAUGGUAGUAACGUAAAGGCCAGUUGGUUUGAACCCUGGUCAGCAAUGUGCAAUCAUUUUGGAGCCGCAGUGGGUAGUGGCUGGGGUUCCCAGUACGAUCCCUAGUGUCUGUGUAAUCUUUGUCUAACUUCCCUUUCCACACCCAGGCGUAUAAAUGGGUACCAGUCGGAAAUGCUCAGCGUGUAGGGCUGAUUGAGCAGCUCAUCUGAAUUCUACUGAAAGGUUUCAGAAUAGACCAGGUUGAAAGUGUAAAGUUGGAUAAUAACCUCUGUCAUUGUCUAUAUCAAGACUAUAAACCCAAAUUAAAAACUUUAUGUUGACCUGCUAAUGUAUACGUUGCUAUGGAUUUCAGUGGUAUGACACGAUUGUGCUGAUUACACAUGAAUAUUGAA